AUGGCUCAGCUCAAAGCUUCCUUUCUGGCCCUCGUCGCCCUGUUCGCGUCCUACGUUUUGGCUGUCUCUCCCCUCGUUGUUCAAGGGUCCGAUUUCGUCAACAGUGUCGAUGGCACGCGUUUCCAGAUCAUUGGUGUAGCUUAUCAACCGGGUGGCUCUUCAGGUUUCAAUCCGGGCUCUGGCCUUGACCCGCUGAGCGAUGCAGAUAUCUGCCUCCGAGAUGCUGUACUCAUGCAACGCCUUGGUGUCAACACUAUCCGCGUCUACAACCUCGAUCCUGACUUGGACCACUCUGCGUGUGCCUCGAUCUUCAACGCUGCCGGUAUCUACAUGAUCCUGGACGUCAACAGCCCCUUGCCCAACCAGUCUCUCAACCGCGGCGCACCCUGGGAAUCGUACACUUCGGCGUAUCUCCAACGUGUCUUCGACGUCGUGGAAGCCUUCAUGCACUUCAACAACACCCUGGGCUUCUUCAGUGGGAAUGAGGUCAUCAACGAGGACUCGGUCCCAGAGGUGCCAUCCUACCUUCGGGCAGUCACGCGGGAUCUCAAGGACUACAUCUCGAAACAAGCACCACGACCGAUCCCUGUUGGUUAUUCUGCUGCCGAUGUUCGCCCGUUGCUGAUGGGUACCUUUAACUACCUGUCUUGCGGACUGGCCAACGACACCAGCUCCAAGAUUGAUUUCUUCGGCCUCAACUCUUACUCUUGGUGUGGCAAUGCCACUUUCCAGUCUUCUGGAUACGAUGUCCUGGUGGGCGACUUCAGCAAUACCACAAUUCCGGUCUUCUUCUCCGAGUACGGGUGUAACCUGGUCACUCCAAGAGUGUUUACCGAAGUGCCUGUCCUCUACUCCCCGAGUAUGACAACUGUCUUUUCUGGCGGCCUUAUCUACGAAUACAGCGAGGAACCCAAUAACUAUGGCUUGGUGAACCUCAACGACAACGGAACCGUGAGCAUUCUACAGGACUACGACAAUCUUCGACAGCAGUACGAUUCGCUGGACGUCAACGCACUUGAGAGAGCCAAUGCUACGGCGACGUCGCUCACUCCCCCGGUGUGCGCAGUUGAUCUCCUAGCCGGGUCAAACUUCAGCACCAGCUUCGACCUUCCCGCUCGUCCGGACGGCGUCGACGCCCUGAUUCAGAGCGGUGUCUCGGGCAAGUUCCCAACAGGCACUUCAUCUGUCACAAAUACCAAGCCCUCACAGACCGUGUAUGAUGUCGAUGGCCAAGUUAUCAGCGGGCUACAACUGACCAUUCUGCCAAACGAUGAGAGCAACUUACCAGGCAACAACACCAGCGGGAGCACACCCAGCAGUUCUGCGUCGCCGAGUGCCACCACGGCCGGCAGCCAGCCUACAAAGACCAAUGCAGCCGCCAAAGUGGACGACAUGAGAUUUGGAUCUCUUCUCUUGGGUGCACUGAGUGCCGGUCUAGUGAUGCAGUUGUAA